CCCCAUUCACUAAGUCCUCAUUUUCCAGCACAAUAUAGACCUAUAAUUCUUCCACAAUUUUUUGUAUAGUUUCUUCAUGAAAGUUGCAAAGUGAAGGCAUAGCCAUGUUCAAUACAAGGAAACCAUGUUUCUUCCUUUCUCUUCAAAUGCUUUUCUUUUCCAUGCACUUCUAUCCUUCCCUUGCAGCUCUAAUAGCCAUCUCAUCAAACCAAUCUCUCUCUGGUGACCAAACUUGUAUCUCAAAAGGAGGAAUCUUUGAAUUGGGUUUCUUCAAACCAGGUAAUUCCUCUAACUACUACAUAGGUAUAUGGUACAAAAAGGUCUCUCAACAAACAAUUGUUUGGGUAGCCAACAGAGACAACCCUGUCUCUGAUAAAGACACUGCCACCUUAAAAAUUUCAGCUGGUAAUUUAGUUCUAUUAAAUGAGUCUUCAAAACAAGUUUGGUCAACAAACAUGAGUUUUCCUAUGUCAAGUUCUGUAGUAGCUAUCCUCUUAGAUACUGGAAAUCUUGUUUUAAGAAAUAGGCUUGAGGAUAAUGCAUCAGAUCCUCUAUGGCAGAGUUUUGAUCAUCCAACUGAUACAUGGCUUCCUGGUGGCAAAAUUAAGCUAGAUAAUAAAACAAAGAAGCCUCAGUAUCUCACUUCAUGGAAGAAUAAGAAAGACCCUUCCACAGGUCUUUUCUCUUUAGAACUAGACCCAAAAGGAACAACUUCAUAUUUCAUUCUUUGGAAUAAGUCUGAAAAGUAUUGGACAAGUGGACCUUGGAAUGGUCAUAUUUUCAGUCUGGUUCCUGAGAUGAGAGCAAAUUAUAUCUACAAUUUUUCCUUUGUGUCGAACGAGAAGGAGAGCUAUUUCACAUAUUCUAUGUAUAACCCUUCCGUUAUAUCUCGGUUUGUGAUGGAUGUCUCGGGGCAGAUUAAGCAGUUUUCAUGGUUGGAAAGUAUCCAAGAGUGGAACCUGUUUUGGUCGCAGCCAAGACAACAGUGUGAGGUUUAUGCUUUCUGCGGUGCGUUUGGGAGCUGCACUGAGAACUCGAUGCCUUAUUGUAAUUGUUUGAAUGGUUUUGAGCCAAAGUCACAGUCUGAUUGGGAUCUGGGGGGUCACUCAGGUGGGUGUAUGAGAAAAACAAAGUUGCAAUGCCAGAGUUUCAAUCCCUCUAAUGGUGUCAAAGACAGGUUUCGUGUAAUCUCCAACAUGGAAUUGCCUAAACAUGCAAAAUCCGUGAGAUCAGAGAACACAGCAGAAUGUGAAUCAAUAUGCUUGAACAACUGCUCUUGUUCUGCUUAUGCAUAUGAUAGUAAUGGUUGUUCUAUCUGGAUUGAAGACCUCCUGAAUCUGCAACAAUUAUCUUCAGAUGACAGUAAUGGAAAAACUUUGUAUCUAAAACUUGCAGCAUCAGAAUUUAGUGAUGCUAAAAACAGUAAUGGGGUGAUCAUCGGUGUUGCAGUAGGCGCGCUCGUCGGCAUAGGCAUUCUCUUAUCCGUUCUUGUGUUUGUCAUGAUUAGGCGAAGAAAGAGAACAGUUGGAACAGGUAAGCCUGUGGAGGGCUCAUUGGUGGCAUUUGGGUACAGAGAUAUGCAAAAUGCAACCAAGAAUUUCACUGAGAAAUUGGGAGGAGGAGGAUUUGGUUCCGUUUUCAAAGGAACAUUGGGUGAUUCAAGUGUGGUGGGAGUGAAGAAAUUGGAAAGUGUUAGCCAAGGAGAGAAGCAAUUCAGAACAGAAGUGAGUACAAUAGGGACAGUACAACACGUUAAUCUCGUUCGCCUACGUGGAUUCUGUUCAGAAGGUACUAAAAGGUUGCUGGUUUACGAUUACAUGCCAAACGGUUCAUUGGAUUUCCAUUUGUUCCUGAAGAAGGAUUUUUCUAAGGUGUUGGACUGGAAAAUAAGAUACCAAAUUGCUCUUGGAAUCUCAAGAGGAUUAACUUACCUCCACGAGAAAUGCCGAGACUGUAUCAUACACUGUGAUGUUAAGCCCGAAAACAUUCUCCUAGAUGCUGAAUUUUGUCCAAAAGUUGCAGACUUUGGUCUAGCUAAGCUUGUUGGACGAGAAUUCAGCAGGGUCCUCACAACCAUGAGAGGAACAAGAGGCUAUCUUGCUCCAGAAUGGAUUUCAGGUGUGGCUAUUACAGCGAAAGCCGAUGUUUACAGUUAUGGAAUGAUGCUUUUCGAGAUUGUAUCAGGUAGGAGGAACUCUGAUCCAUCAAAAGAUGGAACAGUUACGUUCUUUCCUACCUUAGCUGCAAAAGUAGUUAUUGAAGGUGGUAAUGUGCUUACCCUAUUGGACCCUAGGUUGGAGGGAAAUGCUGACAUCGAUGAGGUUGUUCGAAUUAUAAAAGUGGCGUCUUGGUGUGUUCAAGACAAUGAAAAUCAAAGGCCAACAAUGGGUCAGGUAGUUCAAAUUCUUGAAGGGAUAUUGGAUGUGAAUUUGCCUCCUAUUCCAAGAUCCCUUCAAGUGUUUGUUGAUGAUAAUCAUGAGAAGUUGGUUUUCUACACUGAUUCUAGCUCCACACAAAGUUCACAGGUAAAGAGCAAUAUCUCAACACCCUCUCAAGCUAAAAGCAACAUCUCAUCAGCUAGCUCCAAUGUCUCAGUAGAAAAUUUAAAUUAGGCAUAACAAUAGAAUUCUCCACUUCUCCACACUCAAACAAAAAAAUGUGUGAGUAGUUCACUAGGCUAUUUGAACAACAAAAAAUGUCAUCCUUUGAUUUUCAUAAAUGUAAUUGUAAUAUAGUAUGGUUUGAAUAAUGAGAUUCUCUUUCAAAGUUA